GAAAAUGGGGUUCCUCUGGGGGCUGCUCUGCCUGGCUGCUCUGCACAGCCUCCCAAGGCUGGCACAUGGCAUUGAGCAGCAGCGUCUCUUCCUGGACAAGGAUGGGAAGCUGAGGGAUGUGAAAAGUGCUGGAAUCGCACAGUCGGAGUUGCUGGGAGCCAUCCCAGCCCUGCCAGAGGGAAAGAUGGUAGAAUUUAGUUAUGACAGCUUCCAGGAGAAUGAUGGAGCCAUGUCAGCAUUCCCCAGCACCCUGCCAGACACGAGGGAUGACUGGAACUCAGAAGAUGAAGCCGUGGCUGGGGCUGGGGGCUGUCGUGGGCUGAAAUCACCUGGGGAAAAUGCCUCUUCUGAAGAGGCUGGAGAUAUAAGCUGUGAGAUGACUUGGAAGAAGAGCCAGAAGCUGGCAGAUGGCUUGAUGAGAUUCAGCAUUGAUCUCCUGAGAGAGGUGGAGCUGCAGUCCAACAGAACCAACGUGAUCCUGUCCCCCCUGAGCAUCGCCCUCGCCUUGUCUCACCUGGCGCUGGGAGCAGCAAAUCAGACAGAGAAGCAUUUGCUGGAGGUGAUGCACCUGGAGUCAGUGCCCUGCCUCCAUCAGAUGCUGGGCACCCUUCGCAGGAGGCUCACAGAGUCCACCCUCAGCCUGGGGUCACGUCUGUACCUGCAGAAAGGGUUUGAGGUCAAAGAGAAGUUCCUGGAGGAUUCAGAGAAAUUCUAUGGAGCAAAGCCCAAGACCCUUUCUGGGAUCAGUCAGGACGACCUCAUGGCCAUAAACAACUGGGUAAAGGAUGUCACUCAUGGAAAAAUUCCCUCCUUCCUCCAGCAGCUCCCUCAGAACACAGUGAUGCUCCUGCUCAAUGCCAUCUAUUUCCAUGGGUUUUGGAAGAAUAAAUUUAAUGCAAGCUUCACUGGGCCAGAUGUGUUCCACCUUGACAAUGAGUUUGUGGUUCCAGUUGAGAUGAUGAAAGCCCACCAGUACCCCCUGAGCUGGUUUACUCUGGAGACCCAGGAUAUUCAGGUGGCCAAGUUUCCCUUCAAGAGCAACGUGAGUUUUGUGGUCAUCGUACCAAACCACGACACCCGGGACACCUCUCACGUGCUGGAGAACUUCCCUUACAAACAACUGUGCAGGCUUUUCCCCAGAGAGGUGUCCACCACGGUGAAGAUCCCCAAAAUAAAGUUGGACUACCAGCUGGAACUCAACCAGGUUCUCAGCCAAAUGGGCCUCCAGGAGCUGUUCACGAGCCCAAAUCUCCAGAAGAUCACAGAGGAGCCUCUCUUUGUGUCCAGUGUCCAGCACCAGGCCACCCUGGAGCUCAAAGAAGAUGGGGUGGAAGCCUCUGCUGCCACCAGUGUGGUGCUGUCACGCUCAGUCUCUGCCUUCAGCCUCGACAGGCCCUUUGUCUUCAUCAUCUUUGAGGAUGAAACAGGGAUCCCACUUUUCAUUGGCAGUGUCCAGAACCCCAACCCAGAUGCUGCUCCCCAGAUCCGAGAGCCACGGGACUCGGGUGAAGCCACAGAUGCCAACAAGCACCAUGUGCCCAAAUAACAGAGGGCACAGCUGAGUGUUCUGGGA